CUCUUCAUUCUUCCUCAAAGCUAAACCAAGUUCAUCUUUCUCUCUCUAUCUCUCUGAACUUUUUCUCAAUAAUUCAUCAAUGGCGUUUCACUCACCUUUCAAAACCACCAUUGCUCUUUCUCUCUUAGUUUUUCUCUCUCUCUUUUUCACUUCUUCCCAUUCUGCCCUCACCUGCGCCUCCUAUAAGCUUCCGGCAAACCGCACCUACGCCAACUGCACCGCCCUCCCCACCCUCGGCGCCAUCCUCCACUACACCUUCAACGCCACAAACCGCACCCUCGCCAUCGCGUACGCCGCAGAGCCACCCAAAUCUGGGUGGGUGGCCUGGGGGCUCAACCUCGCCGGUGGCGGCAUGAUCGGCACGCAGGCCUUCAUUGCGAUCCCCGCCUCCGCCGGCGGCAUCACCGUCCACCGCUACAACCUCACUGCCUACAAGGCCAUCGACGAAGUCAAAGCCUUUACCUUUGACUCGUGGGACGUCGCCACGGAGGGGGCUGGCGGCGCCGUAGCGAUCUUCGCCGUCGUUGCGAUUCCCGAGAAGGCUGGGAACGUGACCCACGUGUGGCAGGUGGGACCCACCAAGGACGGGAAGCUGUCGAUCCACGAAACCAAGCCGGAUAACCUGCAGGCAAGGGCGGCGCUGCCGGUGGCGCUGGCUCCCGCCUCUGCAGGUGGAAGCGGAAACAGUAGCGGAAGUGGGAACGCCACCGCGCCGGCCGCCUCGAGUGGGGACAAGAGUGGUGUGAGUGAGAGGUUUGGAGUUGGGUUUUACUUUGGGUUGAUUGUGGCUUUGAUGACUGCUGUUGUUGCCCUUUGAAGUGAUUUUUUUCUUUUUUUACUUUUUAUUAUUACCUCUAUCAUUUAAUAAUUUUUGCUAAACUGUGAUAA